UUAACCACAUGUAAGCAACUACUCACUGUGAUCAUAUUAAAAGAAGGACGAUCGACAGACAUGGAAGUUGUAGCGGCACACCAACGUGGUGACCGGUUGGGAUACACUCAUCCAUUUAUUGUCAAUGGCAGAGACGUUGACCCUAUUGCUUUCAGAAUGAAAUGGCAGCAGUAUUUCCCACCACGCCAAGACUGGGUAACGUGUCGCCGUCAUCGUACUCCAGAAGCAGAUGCAGCCAGAAAUAUCAUCAAGGUUGUGAUAUCCAAUCGGAUACAAAGCUACAAAGAAAAAUACCACUCACAAUUCGAAAAAUCAGAGUUCAAUGAGACAGAGAAAAUAAGUACAGCGGAACAAAAAGUUCCAUUCGAAUCGAGAUCAAACAAUUUUCAUCCAGAAAUUUUGUUACCAAAAAUUAAGAAAAUCAAAUCGAGGUCAAAGAAUUCUGACAACAAGCUUAAGGGAAAGGUGACAACGAAAGGUCACACAAGGUCACUCUCAAGACAAAAAUCUGAAGUUAAAAGUAGGGCAAUCUCCUCGGACGUUUUAGAAAACGACGGAAAUAAACAUAAAAGAAAGAAAAAGACAAAGAAAUCAGCAACAAAGAAAGGCAAACGAUCAGCAAAGAAACAUAUAUCUAAGGGAGAAAAAUGUGAACUUCCCGAUACAAAUGACAUUUGUCGGAAAAGACCUACAGAAAACUUUCAUAGUCGUGAAUCAAAAAAACUUAAUUUCUCUAAACUGCCACGCCUUCCGAUUCCAGACACUUGGAAACGGCAAGGCAAGCCACAUCAUUUGGAGAAAGUGACACGCCUUCCUCUUCCUACGACGUGGAAGUGGUACGAUAAUCCAAAUCAGUUCAAGAAACGACAGCCUUCGACACCUGGACUAUCAUUGGCUAGCAGGCAGUCAUCUGACAUGGGAAGUAUCUCAUCCAACCAAUCAUGUGUUAACAAUUUAAGAUUCGAACCACGGUCAUCCUCAAUAUUAUAAUGCAUACAAUUUGUAAUUUGUAUUUUCUUUACUUUCGGAAAUCGUCGAGGAAUUUGGUGAACGAGUGAAUCAUUUGUUAAAAACAUAUAUGUAAUGGCAUUAAAAUAACGCUGUAUAAAACAUAUAGAGACGAAUUUUAUAAUCACAACGUUUACCACAAACUGAAAGAGGGAAGAAAGAUACUAGAGGGACAGUCAAACUCAUAAAUCGAAAAUAAACUGACAACGCCAUGACUUAAAAUGAAAAAGACUAACAGACUAACAAUAGUAGACAUGAAACAACAUAGAAAACUAAAGAAUAAACAACACGAACCCCGCCAAAAACUAGAGGUGAUCUCAGGUGCUCCGAAACGAUAAGCAGAUCCUGGUCCACAUGUGGCACCUUUCGUGUUGCUUAUGUUAUAACAAAUCCGGUUAAUAGUCUAAUUCGGUAGGUUACAUUCAUAAAAGGGAAGGGGAUUGUUGUUACGAAGUAAGGAACAUAUAUAUCCAAUAUCAUUUGUGAAACGAUUAUUCCAUAACGGUCAAUCAACUCGUGAUGGCGUCCGUAAAAUUUACGAAGGGAUAAUUUCAACUUCACCAAUUGGAACUCUUGCAUGGUUUGAUAGCUUCCUAGUGAGCAGCAACCCUCUAUUAAGAAAAUCAUGAUAGGAAAUCCAAGUACAUAGGACAAAAACUGCUAUUUUGAAGAUUUAACACGUUCAUUUAUAUCAAUAUCCUUAGGUAGGAUCUUUUAAAAAAAAGUCCAGGCAAGGAAAAUGAGAAGACUUCCAUUUAAACUGUUUACAUUUAUGAGUUUAAUUAUUCCGUCAAUAAAAGAGUCCCAAAAGGAAAUCUUUUUGUUGUGCCGAGGUAAAAAUCGAACAUCCAACUUUCCCCCCAGGACAAAGCGGCAUAACUCAAUAAUAUUAUCGCACUUAAAUUUAAUGAUUUACAAAUGAUAUUUACCUUUAGCCAAUUUAUUCAUGCAUUUAUAAAUAUGUUUGUUUAUGCUUUAUUUCUUAU